CACUCUUCUCUCUCCCUCAGUGAAAUCAGUUACAAGCAAUCUCUCUCUCUAGAUCUCUCUCUAUCUCUCUCCAACUAACUCUCUCUCUGUAACUAACUCUCUGUCUAGACUCUCUCUCUGUAACUUUCUCUCUCUAGCUCUCCGAGUGAAAACCUCUGUUUCUUGUAAAACGCGAGAAAUCAGUUACAAGCAAUCUCUCUCUCUCUCUCUCUAACUUUAUCUCUCUAACACACAUAGAAACACACACUAUAUCUCUCUCUCUCUCUCUUGCUCUAUAAAUAGGAGCGAGAGAGACGGUUGAAAAGGACUAGUACUGGCCUGGUUAAGAAGAAUCGUACCGAGUCAACUCAGACGAGGAAAUCGGAAGAAGAAGACGAAGCGGAAUCGGAAUCGGAAACGGAAACUCAUGAAUCUGCUGCAGAAAAUGGUUUUUCCGGUCAGACGUGUUUGGCUUGCAUUUGCCGCUCGUGUUAAAGCGCGUAAUAACGGUGGCGGGCUUUUAAAACUACAUGAUGAUAUACAAACAUGCGGGUACAAGGAUGUUCAAGUAAUGUGGGAGAUGCUUCACAGAACGGAAUCGGAGUUAACAUCAAACAAUCGUCGAAAGCGCAAACCAAGAUCCUUUUGGAAGAUCUUUGUUUGGCACAACAAUGCUUGCUCAUCGCCUUUCUCCAUGGACCAUGCUUAACCAAGUCAAAACUCGGUGUCACCUUACUACCUGCAACAAAAAACUGCGAAAGUAUGUUGAUAUAAGUAGUAUGACUUUGAUAUGCGUCUCGAUUGGCUGUUGUGAGUCUAGUGAUAAAGUACGCACUAGUGUCACAUUGGCAAAGUCGUUUUUGUAAAUAUUAUGCCUUUUUUAUCAAGAUUGAAAUCAAGUCAUACAUCAUAAAGAGGAAACGUUAGUAAGCUAAGUGUUGCUUUUGCAACUUUACUUGAAUAAAGCAUCUUUUAUGGAA